AAGCCCUGUCCAAAGGCAGAGUGGCUCAGAAAAUGAGCCAUGUCGAAGGAGACACAUGGGACUUUAAUGAAUCUAACCUGUUAACGUCUCACAGGCAAGAACAAUGGCGGCAGGAGGCUGGGUCUGCUUCCUAACUGGGCUCCUGUCUCUGGCAUGCGCUGUGGAUCACCAGCACCAGGGGGAGGCAGACACCUACCAUGUGAGUGCUGGUCACUUGUUUCUGCUGAGAUGCCACCCCGCUGAUGCUCAUUCCCAGAUAAUGUGGAGCAGAGGGGACAGUGGUAAUGAGAGCCUACCGACUGGAGUAGAGGUCCGAGACGGGUUGCUGUGGUUCCGCCCUGUGCAGAUGACCCAUAAUGGAAGCUACGUCUGUGAAAAAAGGGAUAACACAAGAUCAUCAAAAAGAAUAUUUAGAGUUUUAGUGUCCAGAGGAGACUGCCCUGAUCCAAAUGAGAACAUUACAGUUACAAAGGGACUACAACCAGGUCUUGAGUGCAAACAGGCAGAGAUCUUCCGACUGAAUCUCGCGAGGAAAAUACGAUGGAUGAAGGACUGUCACCUGAUGGAGAUGGAUAAGGGGUCCACGUAUCUGAAAGAACAAGGUUCAUUGAGGCUGCCGCCUGUUACGGAAAGAGAGGAGGGGAAAUACACCUGCCUGAUAGACAUCACCAUAGAUGGCCGGAAUUACACUACAGCACGCAGCAUCCAGCUGACUGCUAAAAGCGGUCCUCCAGAGGUCUUUCCAGAGCUCCACGUUGUUAGCCCUCAAAAGGAUGUGGUCAUUGUGCAAGUAGGAAAGAGAGCAGAACUGCAGUGUUUAGCCUACGCCGGCUUCAGCGAGGAUCCAGAGAUUUUCAUGUUCUGGACUAUUAAUGGCACAGAAACUAGUGACCACAUGGAGCUGACACAUUCCUGGAAAUUUAUUCAUGAUAAAGGCCAAGUCUAUGGGCAGUCCAUUCUGUCGAUCCCUGUAGUGCGACGGGAGUUCCUGAAUGUCCCUAUCAAUUGCCACAUCUUAAGCCCGGCCGAAGAGAAGCUUGGCGAGGCCCGGCUACAAGAAGCUGACUACAGCACAUUCUACACAAACGUGGCUCUCUGGCUCAUUGCUCCCAUCACCUGUCUGCUACUGACGGCCUUGUUUUUUAUCUGUCAAUUCGAUCUGAUUUUAGCAUACAGGAAACUGAAUACACAUUUUUCCAAACCACAAGUUCCAGAUGGGAAACAUUACGAUGCCUAUGUGAGUGUCAGCCAAUCUGCCAUGCUGAGUUUGGAUGGUGUUGCCUGCUUUGCCCUGCAGAUUCUGCCUCAGGAGCUGGAACAGAAAUAUGGCUACUACCUCUACAUCAGAGGACGGGAUGAUUUCCCGGGAGAAGCGGUCCAUGAUGUCAUCACUGCUGCAGUACACCAGUGCCAAAGACUGAUAAUCAUCCUUUCAUCUUGUGGAAAAUCAAAGGAAACGGUGCAGUUCCGAGAGGAUCAAAAUCAGCUGUUGUACGAGCAGAAAGUGGGCCUUCAUGAUGCUUUGAUGCAAAACGAUCCCAAAGUUAUUCUGGUGGAAGUCGAUGGUCCCGUGGAUUACAGCCAGCUGCCAGAGUCACUGCGCUAUAUUAAAAGGAAACAGGGAGCUCUGGAGUGGAAAAACUCAUUUGCUGAAACAAACAAGUUAACUCAACUAUACUUGAAAAGAAACUUCUGGAAGAAUCUAAGGUGUCAAAUGCCAGCUGUACCUGCAAGAAGACUGCAGAGUAUCACAUGAAGUGGUGAAGAUACUUCAUUUCUUCAGAAAGUUUACAGAUGGCAUCCAUCAGAAUCUUCAGUUUUCAGAACGAGCUGGGAUAGUUUCUGAAGUUUUCCACAUGUGGAAACUGGACGGCAGAGUUGUUAUUAAUCAUCAUCAUGUGGAUGAUUUCAUUAAUGUAGACUUUUGUAAAGUACCAGAACCUGCCCACUUACUUAAGUGACUUUUGCAGAUCACAUAAUGAGGAGGGAAUGUGUGGCAAAUCUUUAUUUGUUUAGUCAAUGUGUACAUUUCUGUACAAACCAGCUAAUUUUACAUCUUUGAUUUACUUUAAUUGUAUUUCUAUUUUAUGAAAAAGUUCUAAGCCCAAAAUUUUAUCACAGAGCAGAAAAAUGAGUCUGAGUUUCUGAUGGUUUGGGGCUGUGAGUUCCAAAGGGUGGGAGCAGCAGCAGCGAAGGUCCGGUCCUCUAAGGUCUGGUGUUUGGUGUGGGUGAUGGGUGUAAGGGGGUUGGUGUCUACGGAGCAGAGGGAGCGGGAGGGGCGGUGGGCUUUCAGGAGGUCAAUUAGAUAUGGAGGGUCCAUAUUAUGAAGGGACUUGUAAGUGAGGAAAAGAAGCUUGUAAUGGAUACAGUAUUAUUGGACAGGGAGCCAGUGUAGCUGUUGGAGGACAGGGGUAAUGUGAUCUCUGGACUGGGUAUGGGUGAGUAGGCGGGCAGCAGAAAUCUGUAUGUAUUGUAAUUUUCGGAGGUGACUGAAGGGAAGACCAUAGAAGAGGCUAUUGCUGUAGUCGAGUCUGGAGUUGAUUAAGGCAUGUACGAGGAUUUCAGCUGCAGACAGAGAGGGAUGUAUGGAGGCAGGCGAUGUUGCGGAGGUGUAAGAAAGACAAUUUUGUGAGGUGGCUGAUAUGUUUAAAAUGACAGGGAGAAGUCCAGGCUGACACAGAGGUUACGAACGGAGAAGGAGGGGGAAACAUUUUGACCAUCAAUAGUGAAGCUGAAGUUUUGACCAGAAGGGAGGAGGAAUUUUGGAUCGGUAAUGUGGAGUUCUGUUUUGUCGUGUUGAGCUUUAGAAAAUUAUUGUCCAUCCAUGAUGCAGUGAGUGAUAGUGGAGAGAAUGACUGGGGCAGUUGAUUUUGUGGAUAUGUAAAGUUGAGUUUUAUCAGCAUAACAGUAAAGAUGGAGUCUGUAAUGGUGAAUUAUCAGUCCAAGGGGUAACAUGUAAAUAAUGAAGGAGGGGUGGGGGGGCAACACCGAACCUUGGAGAACACCAUGAAUGACAAGGGAGGUAUGGAACAAAACGCUUUUAAUGCAAAUAAAAUAGUAAUGGUCGGAGAGGUAAGAGGUGAACUAAAGAAGUGCUGUACCAGCGAUGCCAAUGGACUGAAGACGGCGGAGAAGGAUGGUGUGGUUUAUUGUAUCGAAAGCGGCGGAGAGUUCAAGACGAAGAAGGAUGGAUAUGGAACCAGAGUCAGCUGCAAGGAGGAGGUCAUUGCUGAUUUUUAGCAGAGCAGUUUCUGCCCUGUGGUGGGUGCAGAAUACAGAUUGAAAAGUUUCAAACAGCUGAGAGGUGUGAAGAUGUUGAUUGAAGUUGAGAGAUGACUGGGCGUUCCAGGAUUUUUGAGAGUAACGGAAGAUUUGAGAUGGGUCCGAAGUCAAGGUGAUCAGGACUGAGGCCAGUGGGAAUAGGACAGAAUGGUAUUGCUCAAACCUGCCAUAUCCAUCCUUCUUCGUCUUGAGGAAUAGAAUUCCUCAAACCUGGAUAAAUUGGAAUGGAUAAAGUCAGAGAAGAAUUUGGAGCGGGCAGGUUUGAGUUUUAAGUGUUGACCGAAUGUUUAUAAGCUUGGGCAUGGACAGUGAGACUAGUUUUUUUUUAUAGAGACGCUCAAAUUUUCUGUGAGUCUUUUUGAGUUUGUGGAGUUCAUCGGUGCACCAUGAGGCUGAGGUGGAGAAAGAGACUGUAGCUGUUUUAAGAGGGGCGACUGAUUAAGGCAGGAUUAAUUACCAGAUCAGUUAUAGUGGGAUCAGAGGGAAGAGAGGAGACUUCAGGUUCUGGUAGGUCAUUGUCCUUGUGUGCCUGGCGGGGGGAGUGUGGAUGGUAAUGUCCAAGGUAAUUGCCAGAUGGUCAGAAAUGGUGAGGUAGUACGUUGGUUUGUGCCAAGUUUCAGCGAGACAGAGUAAGUCCAGUUUAUUGUCAGUUAUAAAUUCAUUGAGUAGCAAGCUUUUGUUAUAUUGUGACCUUUUACUGAAGAGUGCUUCCUUUAGGGGCUUUUGUUGUGAAGUGAUGACAGAGAGGAGGUUAUAUUGAGUCAUGUGACGAGUACGCAGAUGAUGUAUGCAGAUGUUGUUGUUGUGCCAGUGUUCAAGGGAGAGAGAGCUGCGUUCAGUCCAGAGUGACAGAAUGGAGUUUUCAACUCCUUGAUAAAAGGUCAGAUUAAAAAAAAAACUGUUGUUACAAGCUUAACACAAUGUUUGGGUGGGUUGUGGUUUUUGGCAGUGGUGCGAAGAGUCAUAGUAAUCCGAAAAUAGAUAAUUUGCUGCUAACUUUUAUGAAAUUAUAUACUGACACUUUUCCUACUUUAAUCUAAACUCAAAACACAUCUGUUGAAGAAUGCCUACUCUCUAUAAUUGCAAAUUCAUUAUAACUUUUUAAUGUGUGUUGUUAUUAUCAUGAUUUAUUGCUGUUACCCUGUUGAAUUUGUACAGUGUCCUUCAGUGCUCUGAAAGGUGCUUUUAAAUAAAAUGUAAUAUUAUUAUUAUUA